CCGAUAUUUUCCCUAUGUGACCCCCUUUGCAUCAUUUUUAUCCCGUGUGAAUUUAUAAUAUGAUUCAAAUCCAUUCAAGCGAAAAAAGUCGACCUCGAGACUUCGUCGCUCGCUCGGUCGCUGCGCGACCUCAUGCAUUGAAGCUCGCUUCACUCACUUUUAAGAACAUAUGAGAGGUCGACUUGUAAGAAGUCUAUGGACAGGUGUUCGGACGGUAAAGGGAGUGAAUAAUUAGAGGCGAGGACUGGAACCCACUGAGACGGAAUUAAGUAUUCAGGAGAAAGGACUGGGAUUUAGUUCACCAAGCUCUCUCGGCCAACCGCUCCGGUGCGAUGUUCAAUGUGUGAACGAUUCGUUCCAGUUUUGAGCUAUUUCCGUUCAUUCUGUACGGGCUAGCUUUUCAUGUCUGCACGAAAAGCUAUCCAGUAUUGAGUAGACGAAACGUGGGGACACCUUCUCAAGACUUAAGAUUUAAACCUGGUUUAAAGGAGUAAGGUACCGUGGUGCAGUGGAACUUGCCAGCAGUAUACCAUCGAUUCGAUGGUAUAUUUGCUUGGAAACGAGGUUGAUCGAUGGUAUAUUCGCUUGAAAACGAGACUGCUUGGGCAAUGAGUGAAGUAAGAAAUGGCGUUCACGGCUAUCCGAAGACGAAUUAGAAGAAAUGCAAGAAUACGCAAAACAUCUUGCUCGAUAGAUCUUAUCUGCUUUUUGAGGAGUAUCUGCAGGAAGAAAAACAUGUUUUUGUAUCUUGAAACGGUGCCGAGGAAUGGGCCAAAGUUUUGGAAAAAAUCUUCGAGGAGGUUAGCUUGUUAAGAACUUAGAAACAUUUUGAAUGAAUAAUAUAACAGUUAUCUAUGUUACACAUUAUGCCAUCAAAUGCUCUUUGGAUUAUGAAGUUUCUCUGUAUCUGUACUCUAUUUGUUCUUUUGUAGGUUUUUUCAGGCUGUUGAUUGGUCCAAGAAUUUACCACCAGACUGCCGUGAACGUUAUUGACUCGCUUCAAUAUCCACAGUUAAACAAGUAAGUAUAAAGAAUAGCCUGUGAGCAUGCUCGCCGAAGGCGGAAAUGGGGAGAAAACGAGAGCCCUCGGCUCAUUUUUCUCCACCCCCUCGCCACCUUCGACCCCUCCCCGCCCUCGGCCCCUCAAUAUGUUAUGACCCUUGAAAUUAAAUUAGAUAUAAGCCUGUGGUGCAGACUUUUCGGUUGACAGGGCGUGGGGGGGGGGGAGGGGGGGAGAGGGGCGUUCAGUAUUCUCUGCACUCGCCAUCUUUGAUUGAGAUCAGAGGAAGAAUGGGAGAGAUAACAAUCUACAGAGAUUGCAGCUACCGAAAACUGCGAAAAUACUGGCUGGUAAAGACUUAAAUCGCCGAUAGACAUACAUUCCUUGCAAAAUUUCAAGUUUUUGAUAGAGGAUAUCUCCGAAACUACUGGGCUUAUCGGGCUUACAUUUUUCAGAGUGUACUAAUAUCGCUAUGCUCUUUCAAUAUCCAGGGAUGUUAAUUUAAAUAGAUUGGUCGGGACACGAUGAGGGUAUGCCAGGCGUAAAGAAUGUAAACAAAGAUUCGCCUGUAUGAUGCGAAUAAGGAGAUAGGACGAAGUGGUGGAGGGGUUCUGCCCCGCCCUCCCCCUUCCCUGCCCCCUGUGACUUGCGCGUGCACCACAACUUAAAGAAUUCUCCCACUCUCGUUAGAAUUAACUCCAUGAUUAUGAUGAAACUGUUUUAUGUCUCCACAGGAUCCUAUUUUACACUCUGCUGGAGCUUUUAUUCUCUGAAUUCGUGCCAGAAAUUCAGGACACCUUGCAGUUCUUCAGGCGCAUUACUACUCAAAAGUAA